GUUCCGAGCAAAAUGAAGACAAUUCUGUUGACUCUUUCCGCGGUCUUUGCCAUCGGACAAACGGCCACUAUUCUGCCAGUGGAAUCGAAAUCGACCGUUCAAGUCAAGUCCAAUGGAGGCGAAUACGCCUACACCAUUCACGAGAACAAGGCCAUACCUUUGGCGCCCAUCCCGGUGAUCCCACUGCUGGAGAACAAGUUGCUGAAGAUCGAGAAGGAUUCCAUACCGGACAAGGAUCUGAUCGGCGACAAAUUGCAGUUGCAAUUGCAAUUGCAAUCGACGGAGAAGCUCAAGACCGAAGAGGAACGAUCGGGAAUCGAUCAAAAUAAAGUGAAAUUAGAGACGAGCGGCGGACAACAUUGGGAGAAACCCUCCGAGCAACUUUACAUUCCGACUUAUCCCGGCUACAAGUUGAUUCCUAACCCCGAAGUCCAGCUGUUCGAAUAUCCUUCGUACUAUUAUUAUCCUUACUACGCUUAUCAUUAUCCUCAUGUGAGGUUCUUGUAA